CGUAAACUAUGUGCAUGCAAGCCAGCAUCAUGUUCUGUAACUCUAGAGCUUCCACGAGUUCAGUGUUCCAAAUUAGAGAUUGGUCUUGAACCUGAAAUAAUUUCAAUAUAUUAUUAUUAUAUGCAGAUCUUGGGAUUUAUGACCGGACGGUAAUCUGUAAUUGCGUAACGGCGUUACAUCAGGAGAUAAGGGGAAGAAACGCGACAGUUUGCGGUUGAAUAAUUAGCAGACGAAGAGAGAAGAUAGUGCUGCAUCAGUCAAUUUCAACGAAACGUGGGGCAUGCACCCUGCUCGUUAGAGCGCGUCGGGGCGCUGGACGUGACCGUUGUACCGCAUGGUUUCUGCAUCGUGAAAUCCGUCUGAAAAGCCAUCCAGAUGGGAUCAUUUCGAUCAACAGCGAAAAUACCUCCACCCUGUCCAGAUGACUACGCUCGAAAAGGUGGGAAAAUAUGUUAUACGGACAUUUUCCACUAACAAGGUGUUAUCUUCGGAAGAAAAAUAUGUGCAAGUCAAAGAAGAUAAUGGAAUAAGGAUAAUAUCAUUGAAUCAUCCCUCUUCGCGGAAUUCUUUAUCAUUGAAAAUGAUGAAUUCUCUGCUGUUAAAUAUCAAAAAGGAUGAAAAUACCAAGGAUCUACGAUCCAUAAUUCUUAAAUCUGAACUACCAAAUAUGUUUUCUGCUGGGCAUAACUUGAAAGAACUGACUUCUAACAAUGGGAAGCAUCACAAGGAUAUAUUUGAAACAUGUUCUGAGUUAAUGAAAGCAAUUACUCAAAGUCCAGUUCCUGUAAUUGCUGCUGUGGAUGGAGUAGCAGUUGCAGCAGGCUGUCAGUUGGUUACUGCAUGUGAUAUUGCUAUUUGUACUGAAAGGAGUUCAUUUGCUACACCAGGAGCCAAUUUCGGAAUAUUUUGUUCUACCCCAGGUAUUCCGUUGGUUCGAAAUGUAUCUAAGAAAACAGCCAUGUACAUGCUAUUUACAGGUUUAAGCCUUAAUGGAAAAGAGGCAUAUGAAGUAGGUCUUGUUAGUAAAGUAGUGCCCAUUGAAAAAUUUGAGCAAGAAAUCGAAAAAAUUACUGCCGCUAUAAAUGCGAAAAGUCGCUCAGUUGUACACGUAGGAAAAACAUUUUUAUAUGAACAGUUGGACCUUGAUUUAGCAACAGCUUAUUUCUUGGGAGCUGAAAAGAUGGUUAACAAUUUAAAGAUGAAAGAUGCGCAAGAGGGAAUUAGAAGUUUCAUUGAAAAAAGAAAACCUGUUUGGAGUCACGAUUAUGAGAAAACUAAUACACACUGAUACUUGCAUUUUAAAAUAUAA